GUAAACAGAGAAGCGGCAGCUUAAACGCAGUCUGGGAGCAGAUGCCAGCACCCCCCCUCCCCUUCCUAGCCCCCCGCAGAAACACCCGCCCCACUUAACCACUGCAGCUACUCCCCCUAAGGAUGAGGCUUCCCUUCAUGGCUUGCCUGUUUGUUUCCUGCCUGUUUGUUACAGUGAUCGUGCUCUCUGAGGCUAGGACUUUUUUAUCUCAGCACCAUGCCUCAGACUUUCUGGUCAGAAAACGUCGGGCAAAUUCCUUUAUGGAAGAAAGCAAGAAGGGAAACUUGGAACGAGAAUGCAUUGAAGAAUUGUGCAAUAAGGAAGAAUCCAGGGAGAUAUUUGAAAAUGACCCUGAAACGGAAUAUUUCUACCCCAAAUAUUUAGGCUGCCUAGCCUUAUUUCGAACAGGAAUACCCAGGACACCUCAAAUAACUUCAGACUCUCCAACUGAUUUGAGAUCCUGUGUCAGAGUAAUAUCAAACCAGUGCAUUCCUCUGCCAUGCAAUGAAGAUGGUUAUAGAGAAUGCCAAGAUGGGCUAGCCCAGUUCACCUGCAUCUGUAAACCAGGAUGGCGAGGACAGAGAUGUGAAGAAGAUAUAAAUGAAUGUGAAGACCUAAUAAACAUAAAUGGGGGCUGCAGCCAAACCUGCAUUAAUUUACUUGGAAGCUACCGCUGUUAUUGUGAAGAUGGUUAUUAUAUGCUUCCAAAUAAGCUGGACUGCAAGGACAGGAAUGAAUGCAUGUUACAUCCGAAUAUUUGUGGGAGUGCACAAUGCAAGAAUACUCCUGGGAAGUAUGAGUGUGAAUGUGAAGCAGGCUACGCGUAUAACGCAACUACAAAGAACUGCGAAGAUGUGGAUGAAUGUGCCAAUAACACUUGUCGUCAAAUGUGUGUCAAUUCUCCUGGCAGCUACACCUGCUAUUGUGACGGAAAGAAAGGCUUCAAGCUUUCUAGAGACAUGAGAACUUGUGAGCCUAUAGCCAGUUGUCUCUCUCUGAAUCUUGAAAAGAAUUAUGAAUUACUUUAUUUGGCAGAGCAAUUUCAAUGGAUGCCUGUUUUGUAUUUAAGAUUUAGACUGCCAGAAGUUACAAGAUUUUCGGCAGAAUUUGAUUUCCGAACCUAUGAUAAUGAAGGCAUUAUAUUAUAUGCUGAAUCUCUUGACACUACAUCAUGGUUUUUGCUUGCACUGCGUGAUGGGAAGAUUGAAAUUCAAUUCAAGAAUGAAUUUGUAACCAAAGUAACAAGUGGUGGGAAAGCCAUUAAUGAUGGCUUGUGGCACAUGAUAUCUGUGGAAGAACUAGAGCACAGCAUCAGUGUGAAGAUAGCAAAAGAAGCAGUGAUGAAUAUUAAUAGCCCCCAAAAUCUGUUUAAACCCUCCAAUGGAUUUCUGGAGACAAAGGUGUAUAUUGCAGGGCUAUCUCGCAAAAUGGACAACACUCUUAUUAAACCGAUUAACCCCCGUUUGGAUGGAUGCAUUCGUGCCUGGAACUUGUUGAAUCAGGGAAACUCUGGGGUAAAAGACAUCAUUCAACAGAAAGAAAGCAAACACUGUUUGAUAAGUGUUGGAAGGGGAUCUUACUACCCUGGCACUGGAUAUGCAAAGUUUCAUAUUAACUACAAUAACAGCCUUACCGGUACAGAGGAUUGGUUAAUAAAUGUGACCUUGACAAUCCGUCCAUCUGCAGGCACCGGUGUGAUGUUUGCCUUGGUUUCUGGUGAAACAGUGCCUCUUGCUUUGUCUAUAGUAGACUCUGACUCUUCAAACUCACAGGAAGUAAUUGUCUCUAUCGAAAAUGUCAUUGUUGCCCGCAUGGAGUCAAGCAGUUUAUGUUCCUCCAGGAGAGUACCACUGGGACUCAGAGUAACCAGGCAGCAACUUGAACUUGCAUCUGAUUCACAUUCAGAGAUCACCUACAUAGAGCCACAGCUCUUUGCCCUUCACCAAGCAAUGAAUGGAUCUCUUGAUACCUACUUAGGUGGCAUUCCUGAUGUUCCAAUUGAUGCCACCCCAGUAACCGCUUUUUAUAAUGGCUGCAUGGAGGUGAAGAUCAGUGAUCAGCAAGUGGAUCUGGAUGAAGCUAUCUCCAAAAAGAAUGACAUUAGAUCACAUUCAUGCCCAUUGCUUAUGGAAGAAAUUGCUGCUUUUGAAGUCAGUGAUCUCCCACUUGUUCAUUAAUCUCAUAUAAGGAAAACCAGAUUGGCCAGAACUGAUAGACUCAGAAACUAAAGAAUGAAGAUUCUACUUUCUAAUGCUGUAUUUUGAGAACAAAUACAUUUUUUUCUGAUAUAAAGGGACCAUACCAAGAUUAAUAUCCUUAAAUAAAUUAGUCAGCGUCAGUUGUAACAUUUCAAGAUUUGUAGUUGAAUAGUCUACUUGUCAACAUUUAUACAGUUCAUAUUUUGUAUUUUGCUUACCAUGGAAUAUGAAAACAGAAAACAUCAGUUUUCACUCAAUCUGAUGUUUGAUUUUGAUAUAUUAUUGUGUUUUGGCUGCAAAAAUGGCACUGAAUAAACUGAAUCAAGAUAUUUCAUUUAA